GUUAAUUUAAUACAUCGCGACUGAUCCAAGAUCCCUUACAGAUGAUGAAAACUUGCCUUUUAUAACUUUCAAACAAUGGCUUUUGAAAAUCCAAUCAAUAAUAAAGAGUGAAAAAAACAUUUCAAAUCAAAAAUAAAAUGUCGGUCGUAAAUUUAGCAACAUAAAGAACCCGCUGCACCUUUAUUCUAAAAUCUUCCCUGAUUUCACCAUGUUCGUCUUCAAGAAAUCCAAAACCCUGCAACUCAUAAUCCAUACUUUCCACUCCAUCCACACUCAAAUCACUUCACACCCCAUAAUUUCCUUCUCCAUCUUCUCCCUUUUACUCAUCCAAAUCCUCAUCUUCUGUUCUCGCUCCCCGCCGCCGGUAUCACCCCCAUCUCCGCUCCAUGACGACAACUGCCAUCACGGUAAGGUCUACGUCUACCAACUCCCAACCAUGUUUAACUUCGAUUUAAUUGGUAACUGCGUAGAUUUAGACCCAUGGCAUUGGCAGUGCGGCGUCGCCACCAACGCCGGUUACGGAAUGACAGCCAUCGAGCUCGCCGGAAUUAUACCGGAGAGUUUAGUUCAGCUCUGGUACCGGACGAAUCAGUUUUCCUCGGAGAUUAUUUUCCAUAACCGGAUCCUGAACCAUAAAUGUAGAACGAUGGAUCCGGGAUCUGCUACGGUUUUCUAUAUACCGUUUUACGCUGGACUCGCCGUCGGAAAAUAUCUCUUCUCCGACAGUAGUAAUGAAGAACGUGAUUUUCAUGCCGAGAAGUUAAUAGAGUGGGUCCAGAAUCAACCGUACUGGCGGAGAUCCAACGGUUCUGAUCAUGUUAUGGUUCUAGGACGAAUCACAUGGGAUUUCCGCCGGUUAACCGACCCGGAAAAGCGAUGGGGCUCCAAGUUCUUAAACAUGCCGGAAAUGCAAAACGUCACGCGCCUCACAAUCGAGAGAGCACCGGGGGACUACCAUGACAUUGGUAUACCUUACCCCACUGGAUUCCACCCUCGUUCCGACACCGAUAUCCAAACCUGGCAAACCUUCGUCCGAACCUACAACCGAACCAGCCUUUUCACUUUCGUCGGAGCGGCGCGUGACGACGUCGGAGACGAUAUCAGAGGAUUAUUGUUGCGAACCUGCCGGAACGAGUCCACUUGCCGAGUGGUGGAUUGCGCAGUGACUCCCUGCGCUAAUGGAAGCUCGGCGAUAAUGGAGUCUUUGCUCGGAUCGGAAUUCUGUUUGCAGCCGAGAGGUGAUAGUUACACGAGACGUUCGGUGUUUGAUUGCAUGGUGGCUGGUGCGGUGCCGGUUUUGUUCUGGAAUCGGACUAUGUACGACCAAUACGAAUGGUACUUGCCGGAUGAACCGGAAAGUUACUCGGUUUUCAUAGAUCACGGCGAUGUUUCAGAGGGGAAGAAAUCAAUAAAGGGGGUUCUGGAGAGCUAUGGUAGGGAAGAGUUGAGGGAGAUGAGAGAACGAGUUAUCGAAACUAUACCUAAGAUCGUGUAUGGUGACAUAGGUAGUAGCAAUAACGACAUGAAAGACGCAUUUGAAAUUGCAGUGGAUGGGGUUUUGAGGAGGUUUAAGGCGGAAACAGAUCAACGACGACGGCAAGAAUCCGCCAUUAAUGUCGCCGGAGAUUGAAUAUAUGUCGUUUAAACCGACUUUUUACUUGAUUCUAACCAUCUGGGGGAUCUGGUAAUAUGUGCAUUACAGAAUUUGCCACCUUUGUUUUUAUU